GUCGACUCUUCCACUAAGAACCAGAGUGUCCGGCAAGAGCUGAUGGUCAAGUUGACCGAAGGACAGUAUGUCUUGUGCCGGUGGACUGAUGGGCUCUAUUACCUUGGGAAGAUCAAGAGGGUGAGCGGUUCCAAGCAAAGCUGCCUGGUGACCUUUGAAGAUAACUCUAAAUAUUGGGUGCUUUGGAAGGACAUCCAGCAUGCUGGCGUGCCAGGGGAAGAACCCAAGUGUAACGUCUGUUUUGGAAAGACAACGGGCCCCUUAAAUGAUAUCUUGAUAUGUGGAAAAUGCGGUCUAGGUUAUCACCAACAGUGUCACAUCCCAGUAGUGGGCAGUCGCGAAGGCUUCUUAGUGACACCUUGGUUCUGCCGGAGGUGCAUCUUUGCCUUGGCUGUGCGGAAAGGUGGGGCCCUGAAGAAAGGAGCCAUCGCAAGGACUCUGCAAAUGGUCAAGAUGGUUUUGUCAUACAACCCGGAGCAGCUAGAAUGGGACUCGCCUCACAGAACCAAUCAGCAGCAGUGCUACUGUUACUGUGGAGGCCCCGGCGAAUGGUACCUAAAGAUGCUGCAAUGUUACCACUGCCGGCAAUGGUUCCACGAAGCUUGCACUCAGUGCCUUAGUGACCCCAUGAUGUUUGGGGACCGAUUUUAUGUUUUUUACUGCUCGGUGUGUAACCAGGGCCCAGAGUACAUCAAACGUCUGCCUUUGAGAUGGGUCGACGUUGUGCACCUGGUGCUCUACAACUUGGGCGUGCAGAGCAAGAAGAAAUAUUUUGACUUUGAGGAAAUCUUGGCCUUUGUCAAUCACCACUGGGACCUUUUGCAGCUCGGAAAGCUGACUGGAACCCCUGUGGCGGAGCGAAGCACUCACCUUCUGGAUGCACUGAACAGCUACAAAAGCAGGUUUCUCUGCGGGAAGGAAAUCAAGAAGAAGAAAUGCAUCUUCCGCUUGCGCAUCCGGGUCCCGCCGAACCCGCCUAGCAAGCUCCUUCCUGAAAAGGUUGAUAGCCGAGUCUCUGAGUCGAAGAAAGGCGGGGGCAGCAAGCAUUCCCACAAAAACAGUUCACUGCCACAUGAACUCCAGCAGGAACGAAGGCAGGCAGCCCGGAGGAAAAGAUCCAAAUUUCUCUUGGAAGAUGCUAUCCCCAGUAGUGAUUUCGCCUCUGCUUGGAGCACAAACCAUCACCUGGCCAGCAUCUUUGAUUUUACUUUGGAUGAAAUUCAGAGUCUGAAAAGUGCAAGUUCGAGCCAUACAUUCCUUUCGGAUGUAGAUUCUACGGAUGCUGCCAGCACUUCAGGUUCAGCGACGACCAGCCUGUCCUACGAAUCGAGAAGGAAUGUGGGCAGUCAGAAGCGGAAACUAUCGGUUAAGACUUACACAGCAAUAGAAGCGAAGCAGAAAUGCUUGGAACACCCCCAGAAAACCACCCCUGGUUGCUCCUCGGAGGAUAGCGAGGCAGCCUGCGGCCCUGAUCGCCUUGAGGCCGCCAUUGACAGCCACACCUUUGAGAGCAUGAGCGAAGAUGACUCGUCUCUCUCACACCUCAAGUCGUCCAUCAACAACUAUUUCGGCGCUGCUGGGAGGCUGGUGUGCGGGGAGAAGUAUCAUGUGUUGGCUCGUAGGGUGACCCCUGAGGGCAAAGUUGAGUACUUGGUGGAAUGGGAGGGGACUACUCCCUACUGA